GUAAUUCAGAGAUGUGUGGGGCCAGCCAGCCUGAGCCUGCUCACCUUCAGAGUCUAUGCAGCACCCAAAAAGGACUCACCUUACAAGAAUUACAUGAAGGUUGAUGAGCUUUCACUCUACUCAGUUCCUGAGAAUCAAUCUAAAUAUGUGGAGGAGCCAAGGACUCAACUUGAAGAAAACAUCUCACAACUCCGACAUCAGUGUGAGCCAUAUACAAGUUGGUGUCAGGAAAUAUACUCCCAAACUAGACCCAGGGUGGAACGCUUCUUCCAGUGGGGAUUAGACAGCUAUGAUUAUCUCCAAAGUGCACCUCCUGGAUUUUUCCCAAGACUUGGUGUUAUUGGUUUUGCUGGUUUUAUUGGACUCCUUUUUGCUAGAGGUUCAAAACUAAAGAAGCUGGUGUAUCCUCCUUUUUUCAUGGGAUUAGGUGCCUCUAUCUAUUACCCACAACAAGCCAUUGCCUUUGCCCAGGUCAGCGGGGAGAAGUUAUAUGACUGGGGAUUACGAGGGUACAUAGUUGUAGAAGAUUUGUGGAAGGAACAUUUUCAGAAGCCAGGAAAUGUGAAGAAUUCACCUGGAAAUAAAUAGAAAACUCCAUGCUCUGCCCAUUUUAAUCAGACACUUUUUUAUGAAGUUGCCUGGACUGGCCUUGAAUUUGCAAUAUUCAAGCCUCAGCUUCCUGAGUAGCUAGGAGGACAGGCCCAGAGCCACAGUUAUUGGAGAAGAACGGCGACAGUAUAUUUUGUUAGACCAGGAGAUAUAUAGAAAAUUUGAACGUGCAUUUUUAUUUCUAACUUUAUAUUUUUUUCACAUUUCCUGAAAUGAACAUGAGUUUUUUUUUUUAUGACCAGAGGGGUGUGUGUGUGUGUGUGUGUGUGUGUGUGUGUGUGUGUGUGUGUGUGAGAGAGAGAGAGAGAGACAGAGAGACAGAGAGACAGAGAGACUGGAGAUUGAACCCAAGGUUUCUCUCUUGCCAGGCAUGCAUUCUACCAGUGAGCUAAAACUCAACCCGUCUUAAAAAGUUGUGUUAUAGUAUUGUACAUCAUAGUUGCUAUUUCAAAUUCACAAAACUCUGGGUUUGAGGUUUUACUUUUUCAACUCUCUCCAUGUUUUUGGAGAGCCAGAGAGUCAUAUCACUUGGAAUUUGAGAGAUCAUACAGUGCAACCCCUAGCCUUAAGCAGAAUCCCCUGUUGCUCUGCUCAUCACCCUCUUGUUCCAUUGAUAGGAAACACUUCCCAGAGCAUCUGUCUUUGGACAGUUCUAGAUUAGGAAGCUGUUGCUUAUAGGAAGCAAAAGGUAGUUCCUUGUGACUCCUACAGAGUGGUCCUGAUCCUGGUUGACAGGUCACAGAGAACAAAUCCAGUUCUCCUUUGACAUUUAUACUAAUGCAAAGUCGGUAGUUCUCUGAUGUUACACAAAUAAUUUAAUAACUGACACCAAGAAGCUCUUGUUAAAAGGCAGAGGCCUGGCCUCCACCCCGGAAUCAGCAUUUCUGUGGAUAUGGCAGCAGAAGGGAUACUGGAGAGUGAGCUUCCAGAGAGUCAUACAGGUUCUUCAGACACUUUACACAGAAGUGUUUGUAUUUCUCUAUAGGGAUGAGAUCUGACAAAGAAAAACUGGGUAAUAAGCCAUUUGGUAGUCUAGACCAGUGUUCAACUUACUGUAUAUACAACCUUGAGUUUUGGUCCUGAAGUUUUGGAACUUCAUUGGUGGUUUAGUUUUUAAUUAUAAAAGCAGUAGGGGGCUAGGUAGAUGGCUUAGUCAGCAAAGUGCUUGCCAUGUAAACAUGACGACCUAAGUUUGGAUUCCCUGCACCCAUGUAAAAAGCUAGAUGUGGUGCUAUCUAUGUUCCUGUAAUCCCAGCACUGGAGAAGUGAAACAGGUGGAUUCCUGGAGCGUUAUGACUGGUUAGUCUAGGCAGUUCAGUGAACUCCAGAUCCAUUGAGAGGCCGUGUCUCAAAAAUAAGGUAGAGAACAAUGAGAAAGAUACCCAAUGUACCUUCUGGCCAACAGGUACAUGUGCACGUGCAUGCCCACAUGAAUGAACACAUGCAUACACAUAUACACUCUGUGCACAAGAAAAAUAGAAACAGUAUAUGUUGGUUGUAACUAUUUUUUUGGAAACUAGGGGUGGAACCUGGGGUUUUACACAUUCUAUCUGAGUAAACCCCAACCCCAGAUAAACAUUUUAAAAGCUUGCCUGGUCAUUAUUCCUUUUCCAGAUAGUUUCUGUUCAUAAUUUGGUACAUUACAGACUUUUUAGUAUAUGUGUAUUUAAAUAGAUGAUACACAUUUGCAUGCUUUUAUUUUUUUUUGACAAAAUGAGAUCAUUUUCUUUAUAUUGUUCUGCAAGUACACAGAAAACUCCAUGAAAGCAUGUAUAAUUUUAUCAUCAUACCAAAAGAAACUGACAGUAAUUCCUUAAUACCCUCUAAUAUCUGGUGUAUAGAUCUUCCUGUUUGUGUCAGUAAUAACUUUACUGUUAUUUUUUCAGACACAUCCUCACUGUGUAGUCCAGGUAGGUCUUGGACUUGUGAUCCUUCUGCCGCAGCCUCCUGAGUGCUGGGGAUACAGCCUUGUACAGCCAUCCUGGCUUUUCACUAAUAACUUUUUUAGUUGGUUUAUUUGAACUAGGACUCAAAGAUCAUCUGUCCUUCACAUUGUAGUGAAUAAGUCUCUUAAUUGUCUUUUAAAUGUAAUAGUUUCUUGUUCUUCAUUUAUUCAUUGAAAACUUUGGCUUUUUUGGUCUUAAAUUUGCCACGUUCAGCCGGGCGGUGGUGGUGCACGCCUUUAAUCCCAGCACUCGGGAGGCAGAGGCAGGCGAAUCUCUGUGAGUUCGAGGCCAGCCUGGUCUACAGAGUGAGUCCCAGGAAAGGCGCAAAGCUUCACAGAGAAACCCUGUCUCGAAAAAUAAAAAUAAAAAACAUUUGCCACGUUCAAAUGGUGACUAAAUACAUCCAUUUAGUGUCAACUCCACUUUUCAUUCCUUUCUUGUCUUUAUUGCUCAUAUAGCAACAGUUGGAUCUGAAAGUGUGAUUGGAUUAGGCUCCAUUUUUUGUUAAUAUAUCUAAUAGACAGCAUUAUGUUUAGGUGUGUUCAAUAAUGAAUUUGCUUCUUCAGCUUAAUUUAUUGUGUAUAUUCUCCAUCAGUAUUUGUAGGUCCACUUUGCCCCUUCUUUAUUUACAUAGUUAGUUCCUAGUCUAUACUUUUACCAUGGCUUACUUAAUCCUUGUUAAUAUAGGUUGUUUCCAGAAUUUAACAAAACAGUAAAUCUAUUAAAUUCUUAGGAAGUCAAAAAAAGGUUAAACUGAGAGAGAACAAUUAGCUAGUUGUUUCCAUGUUUAAGAAUUUUUGAUUUUACAUUAAAAGAUCAAGUGAAUAAUCAGUCACUGGCUUCUCAGAUGUUGGGCUAUAUGUUGAGUGCUAGAGUGCUUGCUUAACAUGUGAGGCCCUGGGAUCAAUCCCCAGCAUGUAAAAAUAUUGAUAAACUUCUAGUUCCUGAGCAUGCUUAUCACAUAUGAAGGAAAAGACACUCUGGAGAAGAUUAAGCUUGGCUUUGGUGUGAGUUUUGUGUGUUUCAUUCCUGGAAGGAAGGAUGUGUGGUAAAGGAAGGUAUGAGGAUUGCACUGUCCUUCAGCUGAUACAUGGAAGUAUGUCUCUGGCUUCAGAGGGCAAGAGGUUCAUGAUAUUUGCUGUGUGCCAUUUAGGCAUGUGCUUGGCAUCAUCAUACCUCAGCAUGCUUGGGUACUCAGCUGGUUGAAAGUCUGAAUGGAGUAUGGAUGGAACACAAUCUGAGUUUUGGUUCACUUGUCUGCAAAAUGAGACUAGGUACAGUGUUCUCUAGCUCAUUCUCUUUAUGGUGAUGAAAAUAGUAAUGUAAAAAAAAAUAUUGUUUAUUAAUUUAAACCUAAAUAAAUUUCAAAAUGCAUAAUUUUAGGGUCAUUUUUGUUUUCCUGGGUACAGUUAACUUAUAUUUUUCUUUCUUUC